AUGAUACGGAGCUUGACUUGGUUGGAAAAAACCCUAAAUGCAGUUUUCACGAAGCGGUGGUGGAUCAUGUUCCUCCGACUAGCAGUGGCUUUGGUAACAGUGAAGACCAGGAGCCAAGUCGAUAUUAUUGAUGAUGGUUAUAGAUGGAGGAAAUACGGUCAAAAGGCCGUCAAAAACAGCAAAUUCCCCAGAAGCUAUUACCGUUGUACCUACCAAGAAUGCAACGUGAAAAAACAGGUCCAAAGGCUAUCAAAAGACGAAGGAGUUGUUGUGACCACUUACGAAGGAACCCAUUCACAUCUGAUCGAGAAAUCUACUGAUAAUUUUGAGCAUAUUUUGACUCAAAUGCAAAUCUACUCUUCUUGCUAACUGGAAUGUGAAUAUAGAUAAAUCCCAAAAUUUAGCUCGUUUUUGAUGAUUAGUUUCAGAAUUGCUUCGAUUGUGUAAUACUUUGUGUUUAAGUUGCGUAACAUGUGCAUUAUAUAUCUUUAUUUGAUAAGUUAAAUCAAUUUAUUUAAUCAAAUAACAUUAUUCC